GUGUGGGCCACAUUAAAGAUUAACGGUUACCACCCAAUUUUACAAAAACCCACGAUAGUUUAACCCACUUCAAAAUGGUUUGCGUGAUACUGUGAUUGGCCCAUGUGGCCCACACUAGUUGAAGCUUGGUUCAACUUGGUCACCUUCCUGCAACCUCCAUGGAACCUCGAGCGAUCCGGAUGGUGACGAGCAUUCGAAGAGCUACGCCAGCACACGUCAAGCCCUCGUCCAAGUUCCUCCAAGCUACUCAUUCCCCAUGGUGUCCACUCGCAGCCGCACGAACUCGGGCUCGUCAUCCGCCGCUGAGCUGCCGCAGAAGCGCUCGGCCACCGCAGAUGCGUCCAAACGCCCGGCCAAGAAGCCCACGACCGCCGCCAGCGAUCUGGCCGUGGGCAAGUCUGUGACCACGGAUGUGACGCUGGUCAACCAGGAAGAGAAGGAGGUCGUGAUCGCCGACACAUUCCGCGACCAGGGCGUUGUCUUCUUCAUGUACCCUCGUGCCAACACGCCCGGCUGCACCAAACAAGCCUGUGGCUUCCGAGACAACAUCCAGACCAUCAAGGACGCGGGUUUCACGGUCUACGGACUAAGCGGUGACUCGCCCAAGUCUUUGACCAACUGGAAGACUAAGCAGAGUCUGCCCUUCGAUCUACUAAGUGACCCGGAGCACAAGCUCAUCUCGUACUUUGGCAGUUCACUGCCUGGCAACAAGGUGCAGCGAUCGCACGUCGUCAUUCUUAAGGGAGGCGUUGUGGGCGAUAUCGCCGCCAAGGUCUCUCCUGCUGACAGCGUCAGCCGCGCUGUCGAGUUUGUCAAGAAGAGCAGCGGUGCAGAGGCCCCCAAGGAAGAUGAACCUACCAAAGAGGAGGAGCCCACGGACACCGAGAAGUUCGCUGUGGGCAACACUGUGACCUUCGACGGCGAGCUGCAGACGGACGCCUCGGCUACGGUCAAGGUCCAGGAUCUGUUCAAGACCCGCGGCGCCAUCUUCUUCAUGUACCCGAAGGCAGACACGCCCGGUUGCACCACUCAGGCGUGCGGAUACAACGACAACCUGGAGGCGAUCAACGCCGCCGGAUUCGACGUGUACGGCCUGGGCGCGGAUACCCCCGCCGAGCUUCUCGCGUGGAAGGAGUCGCAGAAGUACAAGUACACAUUCUUGUCGGAUCCGAAGCACCAGCUUAUCGGCUACUUCGGCAGCUCCAUCAACGAUGGCACGCGUGUGGAGCGCUCGCACGUGAUCGUGCUACCCGGCGGUAAAGUGGGCCAGAUCGAACACAACAUUUCGCCGCAGGACAGCGUGAGCAAGGGCCUCGAAUUCGCCAAGAGCCACACCAUCGACGCUGCCAGCAAGUUGUAAGUGUACGAAAAGGUGACGCCAUUUUGUGCUCAACACACAAGGCAACACCAUAUUCUUGACUUGAUGCACAAAACACAAAACUACUAUCCUUUUGCCAUCUUUU